AAGCCAUUCUGAUUUGCACCCUGCUUUAAUAAGAGGGGAUUCAUCACAGCCUGAGCUCAGAAAAAGACAGAGCUUACAGAGCAGAGCACAAAGUAACUGUGGGCAGGGCAUUGCUGCACAGAGCUGAGGCAGCAACAACAACACAAGCCAGCCUUCUUCUCCAGACAACAGGACCUGUGUUUGGGUUGAGCAUGGGACUGCAUGGGUCUAAACACCCUCAUCAGGCUCAGAUUGUGAUGCUGGGCCUGGACGGCUCGGGGAAGUCCACCCUGCUCUACAAGCUCAAGUACAACGAGUCUGUCAUCACCGUGCCCACCGUGGGCUUCAACGUGGAGAUGCUGGAGACGGAGGCGAGGGGUCCGGGGUUGACCGUGUGGGACGUGGGAGGCCAGCAGAGGAUGAGGCCCCACUGGAAGCACCACUACCCGGGCACGGAGGCCCUGGUGUUUGUGGUGGACAGCUGGGACCGCAGGCGUUUGGAUGAGGCAAAGAAAGAGCUUCAUCAGGUGCUGAGGAGCGGGAGUCUAAAAAGCCUUCCUCUGGUGGUGCUGGCCAAUAAGCAGGACCUCCCCGGGGCAGCAAGCCCACAGGAGAUCACCCACAGGUUGGACCUGAGAAGGGUAUGUGGAAAUAGGGAUUGGUUUGUCCAGCCGUGCUCUGGGAGGACUGGUGUGGACCUGGAGGAAGGCUUCAGAAGGGUUGCCUAUAUGUUGAAGACUUCACUAAAGCAGACUAAGGCGGAUAUAAAGAACACAGUAAAACAACUGAAACCCAAAGCCAUUACGAUGAUGACCAAGACACAAGGCCUGGGCUGCAGCUAAGACCAGUGAUUAUAAAACCCUAUCGAUGGGUGUAAUAAUCUCCCUUGGAUUAUUUUGUAUUCUUCUUCUGGAUUAUUUUGAGCAGAGUACCUGAUUUAGAAUGCCCUGUGUUGGAUCAUUCUGACCUAAUCAUUCUUGAAUAUGGGAACAAGACUCUCCAGAACAAACUUGAGAUCCCAACGUAUCUAACGCUGAAAGCUAUCAUUUUGCACGUUUGUUGUAUCAAAAACACUUUUGAACAAUGUGAAUUUCUGCAUUUCCUUGUGAAUUUUUUUAUUAUAAAUUAAAAACCACUCA